AAUAUAAUUUAUAAUAAAUAUGUUUUUAUGGUUUAUUACAAAUUGAUUAUUUUUGGAUAUGACAAUGAAACCGGGAGCCGAGACAAACACAAACAUUUCAAUAAAAAAAUUCUGCCCAGUGCACGUAUAAAAAUGAUUGGCAUUUCUGAAGUGAACGUCAGAACCACCAAACCCACGUCUCAAGCUACACAGAGAAUUGGAAUUUUAUAUAAAAUGUUCAAGUUGUUGAUUGUCUGUCUUUUAGCUUUGCUGGGAUACACUUCCGCUAAGCCACAUUUGAUAGCACCUGUCAGCUAUGCUACACCAGUUGCUGCAGUAGCCGCUCCAGCAAUUCCGGCAUAUACUGCUCCGUACUAUGCCGCCUACACUUCACCUUAUCUCGGCUCCUACUCCUAUGCCACAUAUCCGUAUGCAACUGCUACGUAUCCCUACUUCCUGAGACGCUGAAGCGUGUGUUUUGAAAAAAUUUCAAUUAUACUUUCAUAUUUUGUUAAAUAU